GAGCGGAGACCAAAUCCAGCACCCCAAGUCUUGUCCACUUCGCCCCUGCAUCUCCAUGAUUACUUUCACUGGCCAGGAAACAACGGAGGUCCACCAGGCAGCAGUCUGGGCUCUUCACAGCUCCUGGCUGCAGUCACAGACUCCAUGAGGAAGCAAGAGGUGAGGACAGAUGGAGAGACAUGUCGGGCCUACAAUGCUGUCUCUCCAGCUGAGCAGGUGAAGGCCCUUGUGGAUCUGCUGGCUAAGAAUGGUGGUCAGCUAUUACAGGCCCCUAGCAAAAUGCCAGACUCCCCGCUAGGAUCCCAAAGCAAUGACUCAAGGGUACGGAGGCACUGUGAGGCCCUGCUGAGCAGGGUGGGGAAUGACCCAGAGCUGGGCAGCCUCUCACACCGUCUGGCCAGCCUCCUGCUGGUUGAGGGCCUGACAGACCUGCAGCUGAAGGAGCACGACUUCACACAGGUGGAGGCCACGCGUGGGGUCUGGCACUCCACCAGGGCCAUCACCCUGGAUAGGCUCUUCCUGCCUCUGUCCCGGGUGUCCAUCCCACCUCGCAUCUCUGUCACUGUCGGCGUGGCCGGCAUUGGCAAGACUACCCUAGUGAGGCAUUUUGUUCGUUGCUGGGCUAGGGGACAGGUGGGCAAGAACUUCUCACUGGUUCUACCCUUGACCUUUCGGGACCUGAACACCUAUGAGAAGCUGUCUGCCGACAAACUCAUCCACUCCGUCUUCCCAAACGCUGGGGAAGGUAACCUGGAGGUAACGGCCCCAGACAGAGUCCUCCUGGUCCUGGAUGGCUUGGAUGAGUGCAAGACGCCGCUGGAAUUCUCCAACACCAUAGCCUGCACAGACCCAAAGAAGGAGAUCCAGGUGGACCACCUGAUCACUAACAUCAUCCGAGGCAACCUCUUUCCAGAAAUUUCUGUCUGGAUCACCUCCCGUCCCAGUGCUGCUGGUCAGGUCCCCGGGGGCCUAGUGGACCGGAUGACUGAGAUCCGGGGCCUUACUGAGGAAGAGAUCAAAGCGUGUCUGGAGCAGAUAAUUCCUGAGGACCAGAACCUCUUAGGCCGGGUGCUAACUCAGAUAAAGGCCAACAAGGCUCUGUAUCUGAUGUGCACCGUGCCAGCCUUUUGUAGGCUCGUGGGGCUGGCACUGGGUCACCUGUACCACAGCAACCUAGCUGUCCAAGACACAGAGUUGCUCCUGCCCCAGACCCUGUGUGAGCUCUACUCUUGGUACUUUAGGAUGGCCUUUGGUGGGGAGGGGCAGGACAAGGGAAAGGUAAGUCCUAGGAUUGAGCAGAUGGCCCAGGGAGCCCGCAAAAUGGUGGGGACACUGGGCCGCCUGGCCUUUCAUGGGCUGGUCAAGAAGAAAUACGUGUUUUAUGAGCAAGACAUGAAGGCAUUUGGCGUGGACCUCACUUUGCUGCAGAGCGCUCUGUGCGGCUGUCUCCUGCAACGGGAAGAGACUCUGGCCUCCUCGGCAGCCUAUUGCUUUACCCACCUGUCUCUGCAAGAAUUUGUGGCGGCCACAUAUUACUACAGCGCAUCCAAGAGAGCCAUCUUUGACCUCUUCACCGAGAGUGGUAUGUCUUGGCCCAGGCUGGGUUUCCUCACGCACUUCAGGUGUGCGGCCCAGAGGGCUACACAAGCUCAGGAUGGGAGACUGGAUGUGUUUCUGCGCUUCCUCUCUGGCCUCCUGUCUCCAAGGGUUAAUACGCUGCUGGCUGGCUCUCUGCUGGCCCAAGGUGAGCACCAGAACUACCGGGCCCAGGCAGCUGAGGUCCUACAAGGUUUGCUACGCCCUGACACGGCGGUUUGUGCACGGGGCAUCAAUGUCUUGUACUGCCUGCAUGAGAUGCAGCACACAGAGCUGGCCCGCAGUGUGGAGGAGGCCAUGCGGAGCGGGACCUUGGCUGGCCUGACCAGCCCCUCGCAUCGCACCGCUCUGGCCUACCUCCUGCAGCUGUCUGAUAUCUGCUCCCAGGAAGCCAAUUUAUCCCUGUGCCUCAGCCAGAGUGUCCUUCAGAGCCUGCUGCCCCAGCUGCUCUAUUGCCAGAGCCUCAGGCUGGACAACAACCAGUUCCAGGACCCUGUGAUGGAGCUGUUGGGCAGUGUGCUGAGUGGGAAGGACUGUCGCAUUCAAAACCUCAGCCUGGCUGAGAACCAGAUUGGUAACAAAGGGGCCAAAGCUCUGGCCAGAUCCCUCCUGGUCAACAGAAGUCUCACCACACUAGACCUCCGGAGCAACACCAUUGGACCCCAGGGAGCUAAGGCCCUGGGAGAUGCUCUGAAGAUAAACCGAACUCUAACCUCUUUAAGCCUCCAGAGCAACGUGAUCAAGGAUGAUGGUGUCAUGUGCAUGGCAGAGGCCCUCGUCUCCAAUCAGACCAUCGUCAUACUACAGCUACAGAAGAACCUAAUUGGGCCCAAGGGAGCCCAGCAGCUGGCAGAUGCCCUGAAGCAGAACAAGAGUCUAAAGGAACUCAUGUUUUCCAGCAAUACCAUUGGAGAUGGAGGUGCCAUGGCCCUGGCUGAGGCCCUGAAGGUGAACCAGGGCCUGGAGAACCUGGAUCUGCAGAGCAAUGCCAUCAGUAACACCGGAGUGGCCGUGCUGAUGCGAGCCCUCCAUGUUAACCAGACACUCUCUAGUCUCAACCUACGAGAAAACUCCAUCAGUCCAGAAGGAGCCAGGGCCCUCGCUCAAGCCCUCCGUAAGAACAGCACUCUGAGGCACUUGGAUCUGACAGCCAACCUCCUCCAUGACCAAGGUGCCCAGGCCAUUGCAGUAGCAGUAGGAGAAAACCACUCCCUCACUCACCUGCACCUGCAGUGGAACUUCAUCCAGGCUGGUGCAGCCAGGGCCCUGGGACAAGCCCUGCAGCUGAACAGGACCCUGACAACCUUAGACCUACAGGAGAAUGCCAUAGGGGAUGACGGAGCUUCUGCACUGGCCGGGGCCCUGAAGGUGAACACAACCCUCACUGCUCUCUACCUGCAGGUGGCCUCCAUUGGCACCCAAGGGGCCCAGGCACUUGGGGAAGCCCUGGCUGUGAACAGAACCUUGGAGAUUCUCGACUUACGAGGAAAUGACAUCGGGGUAGCUGGUGCCAAGGCGUUGGCAAAUGCUUUGAAGUUAAACUCCAGCCUCCGGAGACUCAAUCUCCAGGAGAACUCACUGGGGAUGGAUGGGGCCAUAUACAUUGCUGCUGCGUUGUCUGAGAACCGUGGUCUGCGUCAUAUUAAUCUCCAGGGAAAUCCCAUUGGGGAAUCUGGUGCCAGGAUGAUCUCAGAGGCUACCAAGACAUGCAUGGUGGAAAUGUAAGGAAAGCAGGUUCCUGGGGGACCACGCAGAGACUCAGCUGGAAGCUUCAGAUCAGAGUGACCUCGAUUUCUGCACAGUUUCCUGGAAUCUGAAUGCCGCCGCUGAGCCAGUUCUAAAGCUGGUCUCCUGGACAGGGGAAGGAAGGGCGCUUCAGCAGAGGCCACGCGUAUCUUUCCUUCCCAGGGUCAGGCAGAGGGAAGAUGGACACUGACAGCAGAGGGAAGGGAAGGAGCUGCUGCUAAGGGGCGCUCAGGGAUAAAAUCUCAAAGCUCCACAAAGCAGGACGCUGGUGCAGACGUAUUCAUAUCCUGGGUCUUCAGAGCCCCAGCUUAACCAACAACAAGAAACGUGUUUCUGCCCUCGUGUGCUCCCGUGGCUGACAUCCCUGUCUUGAAGGUUGCAGCCUUCCAGCCCAUUAAGCACAUUAGCUUGGUGAAGGUGAGAAUAUGUCCGUUAUUUUUCUUAAGAAAAGAAAAAAGUUUUGGGGUAUGACCCUUAUAUACAUAUGGAGAAAAUAUGAGAAAUUUGUGGAGAUAAAUCAAAGGUUAAUUCUAAGGUUCUGGAGUCAGAGAUGAGUCUCCAAAGGCUCUGAAUUCUCCUCUAAGAUCUCUCAGACAUCUAGAAUGGUCUGCCAUAUUUGGAGUCCAGCACACUGGUAUUCCAUUGCAAAUUCGGUGUUGAUACCUUGAUGUCAUUAUCCUGUAUUUAGGCAUCCAAAACCUAUACAGUGGCUAUUGCUUCCCCGUGGAGACAAAUAAGUGUGCAUGUGGCAAAUUUCCUCCAUUGUCUGAGUGAAACAGACAAUGAACUUCACAGGUCUCAACCAAGCCACUAAGGUAAAUGCUUAUAAAGACCAUAAGGUGAGUCCAGGCAGUGGUGGCGCACACCUAGACUCCCAGCACCGGGAGGCAGAGGCAGGUGGAGCUCUGUGAGUUCAAGACCAGUCUGGUCUACAGAGCAGGUUCCAGGACAGCCAGAGCUACAUAAUAAGACCCUGUCUUGGAAAAAGACAAAAAAACAAAAAACAAAAACAA